ACCAAUAAAAUGAUGGCCAGAAUUCGGAGUAUGAGUUUCUUAACGUUGCUAUGCGUCAUCGUCGGCUGUUUGAUUGCAUCACCAAGUGGCGCUGCCGCGCAGCAUCUGGUCGCGUACAUCUCACAACACGGCUUGCAUGGUGAACUAACGUUUCGUCAGUUAAAUGGCACGACCGUGGAGAUCAAAGCCAACUUAAUGGCCACACUACAGUAUCCUGAUCAGGCUUGGAGUUGGGUGGUGCGGCGUUUUCCCGUCGACUACACCAAUAUCAAUCCAGAUGAACGUUGUGAGCUCAGCCGGCUAGGAUCACAAGUUCUCAACUUCGAUGAUGAUCUGGACUAUUUGGUGUUGCCUGGGAAUGAGACGGCGACCUGGCACCGUGAAAUGCAACUCAUCGGCGAUCGUGGCAUCUGGGGGAAAUCUUUGGUCUUAACCGAGCUCAGCUCAAAUGCACGCAUUUGUGCGACCAUCACAACUGUGCAGAGUUCUGUGGAGCAUAUGGCAGAAGCGCGUUUUAAUACGCCUAUUGCAGGCUCUGUCUACUUUCGUUGGCUAGCCCCGGUGGACGGCGAAAGCGGAGAUACACUGAUCUACUCCGAUCUAUAUCAUGUUCAGGCACAGCCGCCAGAAUUUGAAGAAAAUGAAAGGCGAAAGGAGUUCACGCAGCAUCACUGGAAAAUAUUUGUGACGGACAUUUUCAAACAUGAUCAUCAUCGCACUGAGGAUAACUGUAAUUUUCUGCAGUUGGUCUUCGAUCCGCAGGGUAAGGGGGCUGGUCUGGGUAUUGGCGAUCUGGAUACUCGUUUAGGUAGAAUUGGCGUAGCCAAGAAUGCUCUUCAGACGGCUCAGCGAAGCGUAUUCCGCGAUGCACAGCUUGCACUGCUACCCUCUGACUUAACCAUACCGCAUCGAACGCUCUAUCUGGUGAUCUACGACAAUCAACAUCCGGACAACUUUCUGGCAUGCACCAAGAUACGACGCGUACAAAGGCUAACGCAUAAAGCCUUUAUCAACCAAGGUGGCGUUCAAGGAGAAGUUACCUUUAUACAACGCUCUAAAUUUGAUCCUACCUUCCUUAACUUUACGCUCGGCGCACCCGGUAAGUUUAGGCAGCAGGUGAGCCAAAAGUUUGCCGCAGAUGUGGCCGCCUUUCGCUUGCACAAUCUGCCGCCGAUACCACAUCGAGCCGGUCAUGCCGAUUACUGCUCCACUACGGGCGAAUUGUACAAUCCAAGUGAACUAUCACAAGAGAAUCUUCCACCACCUGGCUACGGUACGCAGGAGCAAUAUGCCGUAGGCGAUCUUAGCGGGAAACUACAUGGUCGCAAUAAGGAGUACUACCAUCAAUACGUUAUUCCCGGUACUAGUUCCGAGCUAAGUGGUCUCUACUGGGACGUAUAUUUGCCCCUGCAGGGCAGGCACAGCAUUGCGCAUCGCAGUCUGGUCAUUUACACUCAUAAUCGCACCGAUGUUCAGAAUAUUACCCAAAGCAUCUGGGCAUGCUCUCCGCUCAACCAGUACCAACGCAAUGGCAUUUAUCAGCAGAAUAUGUUUACAGCCCAAGUACUCUUUCGCUACCCGGUGGUAGGUCGAGUGUUGUUGCGUCAACCUGCUGAGCAACCAUGGCAGGACACGAUGGUACUCUUUGAGUAUCUCAUACAGGCGGACGGAUCCUCACAGAACAGUAGCUAUGACCAUCGAUGGGCCAUCCACAGUAACCCGCCAGGCAAGGAUUUCUAUGAUUGGCAGCAGCGCUGUGUCUCUGCCGGUGAUGUAUUCAAUCCCUUUAAGGUGGAUUGGGGCAAUCGGAGUGCAGAUGAAUAUUGUCGUCCCCAUCUGCCAGCCAUGUGCAAACUAGGUGCUUUGGAUGCACGUCUUGGCAGACUGACCAUAGCGGGUGGGAAACGUAUGGCGCAGAAACUUAGUCGUCGAAUGUUUAUAGAUUCGAAUUUGCCGCUCUCGGGCAGGCAUAGUGUACUAGGGAAAUCGCUGGUCAUCUACGAUGAUUUUGGACCCAAAGCACGUGGCGAACGGCUAGCCUGCUCCAGCUUAAUUGGCCACUAUCGACGCAAGGUGGUGGCAAAAGAUUGGUAUGCUAAUGGAGAUGCAUUGACGGUCAGUGGCAAGGUGGAGAUUACCCAGCAGUCCGAGUACGACAUGAGCAAUGUGGAGGUGCAGCUAAAGGGAUUACAGGAUAAUAGUGGCUAUCACGUACAUAUGACACCCGUGGAGGCGAAUUUGGCGUUUCCUUGUGAAGAAACAACUCUCUAUGGGCACUGGAACCCAUUGGAAAUAAAUCCCAAGUCAUCACCGCCGCCAAAACAGGGCACAAGUGAUCAGUAUGAGAUGGGCGAUCUUAGCGGAAAAUUCGGCGUACUAAAUGGACUUAUGCAGUACGAGGAUAGCUAUAACGACACAAAUUUGCCGCUUUUCGGCUAUAACAGUAUCAUCGGUCGAUCAGUGGUGAUUCACAAGAAGGAACGGAAUGCUCGAUGGGCUUGUAGCACAUUGGAACGUGGCUACAGCCCCAAUGAGGCUCGGGAGCUGCGCGCCAUCGCCUCCUUCCAUCAUCCCACGGGCUAUGCCUAUGGCUAUGUAAAGAUGACUCAACUCGUCCACAAUGAUGGCAGUCAGUCGGAGACAGUUAUUGAGGUAAAGCUACGACAUCCGGGCAAGAACGACCGGAACUCCACACGCAAUCACAAUUGGCAGAUUUUUGUGAAUCCGGUGGGCGUGGAUGCGGCUGUUAAGCCAACUAGCACACGUUGCGUGGCUGGUGGCUACGUAUGGAAUCCCUUCUACACACAAUUGGCGGAUCCUUUAAACCUUGAUCUGUAUGAGCAAGAAUGUGGGCCAGAUAAUCCUUUGCGUUGCUAUGUGGGGGAUGUGGGCGCUCGUCUUGGGACUAUAGACCUUGGUGGCGAACGAAUGGUUUUCACCGAUUCGAACUUUCCGCUCGAAUCCCCCGUGGGAGCGAUUGGACGUUCAAUUGUUAUCUUCGGUCCCGAGCACUCACAUGAGCGUUUUGCCUGUGCCAACAUAGAACCUGAUCAUAACGUCAUUAAGUACAUCAACUUACAAAAGCCACCGCGAUUUGUUGUUGCGCAAUUCCUAGAGGAGUUGCGCAGUGUUAUGGGCAUUCCCGAAUGGAUGCUGGACGUGGAUGCACGUAAGACGAAGGAACUGCAUGGAGGUUCUUGUAUACAAAUGAUCAUACAUUUCAAAGGACCUUUGGCGCACCGGCUAGAACUUGAUAUGUCACGUCUUAUAGCGGCCGGGCGCUUAGAAGCCCCAAGUCUCUUUAUUCCGGGUUACGUUAAUGCUAAGCGUAAGGCAACUAUUUCAUAUCGCACGUGUGGCGUCAGAGAACCCAAUGAGAAGCGUACGAAGAUCAGAAAAGGCGGAUUUAGUUAUUCAAGCGUCGGAAAAACAGCACAGCCAAAGUCUUAUGUGUUAGCAAUACCAUUCAUUGGAAUAGUUUAUAGAGCAUUAUUGUAAGUUCUGCAAAGUAAAUAUCGUAAUUCCCAAUUUGUUGUAUAUAUGUAAGUAUAUAUGUGAAUGUAAAAAAAAUUGUA